CGUGAACAAAACAAUUAUUUUAUCUUUUCUGUGCUCGAAGACGCUGCUUGUCCAGUUUCAAAAGAAUUUCACUGCUCCGAUAAUAUAUACAGACAUUGAUGCAGGGUAAAAAACGAGGGAAUAACUCAUGUAUCGACCAACUUUAAAACAAAUGUAUUUUAUUGUAACUCAAAAAGGCGCAGUAUGGCCAAAGCAUGGCCAGAAGUUGUUCACUUGUUAUGGUGACCCGUGGGCUCGAUAAACUGGUUGCUACGCUCCUCAGUAAUUUCUUGGACAUAUUUAAUACGAAUUUCGAUGAAAGGGGGGAGAUUAGUUUCCCGUGAAACGUUAACUCUGACCCAGGAUUUGUUAUUUACUUAAUGAACAUGUCGGCUCAAUCAGACGUUGCUACUUUCAACAGAAGAUCUUCGACGCCGUCAAGAAGAGCUUGGGAGGAAACAGAAGAGAAACCGCAGACAAACGUUUCGCAGGGCGACCUGAACAAGAAUGUAAAGGAAAAAAAUCAUCCUGCAACGCCGAAGAGGACCGUAAGUGAAGGGCAAAAGACAUUGACAAGUAUGGAAAGCAAUGGAUCACCAGGAUCGGCGGAUGUUCGACUUCGUUCUGUGGAAGUUGGUGUCGAAGAAAACGCGAACAUCAGAACGAUCAAAACUGAAAUUGUCCAGAAGGAUAAUGUCAGGAACGGUUUUCCAGACGGUAGAUUAAAAAAUGGAAAGCAAUCCCAAAUGAAAGAUCUCGAAAAUUUGAAGGGUGAGAAUAUCUGUGAGGAUUCUUGUUGCGGAGACUGGACUUUAUUCACGCGGGUUUUCAAGUCCAAGCGAUUCGAGUCGGAAAAGCUCGAGGGCCUCUAUCAACGUUACGUAUUUCGCCUGAACCAAAAAUUUAUGAGCUGGCUCAUUGUUGUGUUGCUUAUUUUAACUUUUAUUUUGAUACCAUUGCAGUUCGCCAUGGAAAAUGACAAUCCACCGCAAUCUAAUGCCGAAGGCAUAACUUUGUGUAUUUUCGCGGUUGCUUACAUUUUACUGGCACUAAUUGUUAACAGAAGUGGUUCUUCUCAGAGCGGCCAUUUGAACUGGGUCUCUUAUAUUUUGUUGGCGAUUUCCUGCGGAUUUGUUCUUGCUUCGGUGGUUUGUCCACCGUCUGAAACUGUAGAUCCAAGCAAUGAAGAAAGCGUUUAUUCCCCUUCAGAUGGUGUAUGGCUAACGACGUUUUUCGUGUACAUGACUUAUACAAUGUUACCGGUUAGAAUGAGAAUUGCUGUGUUUGGAGGUUGUGUGCUUCCUGCCAUCCAUCUUAUAUCUAGCGCGGCGAUGAAUAAUAAGGACUCUAAUCUUGUAAGAUUGGUAAGUGCAUAUUUAUUUUUAUUUAAACUUAUUUUUGCCGUCUGUGUUGUAUCAUGAUUUCUAGGGCUUCAUCUGUUUUCUUCAAGUAGUAAAUUAUUUAUAUCCGUUAUUUGCAUUGUAAGGAAAAACGUAUCGCUCCUCCGUAUUGUGGGAAGUGCCUACUUACCGUAAAAAGUUAUAGCCGCCUCGAUCGAUGAAAGCCAAACACGAAUUACGAAUCCCGUGCUGUUAUUUCUUGUGACAUUUCCAGUGCGGAUUUAAUCUGUGUGGCACCAGGAGAAGGGGUAUUUCUAACAUUUCAUAUUUUCUAAAUAUGCAGGUGAAGUUUUAUGCUGAAAUUCUAAUUACAAUGAACAGCUGGUUAAUGUUCGAAAAAAUUUUGCCGUGUUUUUCAAUACUGCACUCACUUGCUAGAUCGGUUGUUAUCAUUACUUGGGAACAUGCAGUCCAUGAAAAUGGCACUAUAAUUUUUGUUAAGUGAUACCACAUUAGCUGGGAUCGUGGAUUACGCUUUUGGCAACUGUCAGAUUUCCUAUUUCUUACUGGCCGGUUAAGAAUAUUUUUAAGGAAGUUGUUUGUUAAAUCUUUUUAUCACAGAAUAUUUGAUUUGCUUACUGGUUACUGCGUGGCUGUGGGUGAGAAAAACAUCUUUGCUGCAAAUGCAAACAGCUUACAAAACGUCAGAAUUUGGUGCAAUAUAGCUUUGCCUAAUUUAGAUUUUUCUCAGUGUACUCUAAAAUACGCUAGUCUCAUGGCUGUUUCAUGCUGAAGAUACAUUCAUCUGGAUGUUCUUGCACAAAACUUUGCUUAUUAGGUGUAUAUGAUGCAACUAAAAUCCAUUCCCAAGUUAUAUUCAACCACAAUUUUAAUUUUCUUUGUCUCCCAUGAUAAUGAAUAAUCUAACCCUAUAAAACAAAGGAAAUUCUGAGUCAAUCUUGUUUCAGGGCUUGACAUUGGUGGUGGUUAACUCAUCAAAUACAUAUAUCUUAUUGGACAGUUUAGUGUGUAGUAUUGUGGGACAUUUUUACGAGUUAUUUUGGAGAGCCCGUAGGGCAAGUCAAAAUACAAGAGAUGAGUAUAAUUAUCCCUCGAUACUACAUACUAAACCAUCCAAUAAGAGAUUUAUAAUUCAACUCGCGAUGUUUUAAAGUAGAACUCAGUAAAUACGUAAAAUGAGAAUGUGUGACAGAUUAACGUGACUCCGUUGCAAGUCCAGUUUUCGUGUGCUUUAUGCAAUGUUAUUGCUGAUUGGUCUAAAAUGAAAACUUGUCAAACUAGUUUACUCAAAAUCAAAUGUUGUGGGAUUUCUCGGGUUUUCUUUGGCACUUCGGGGGAGCUUCGGGGUGUUAUCUUUCAACUAUUUGCCAGGAAAACAGAGAUGGAAUGACAAAUAAUUGUGAGGCUUAAGUUGGUCUUCCGGUUAUUUUCAUUAAUUUAAUUUAACUGACUGCAGGAAGGUAAACUGAGCAGAGCCACUUAUGAUGGAAAGAUGAAAAAUCUCCCAUUUGAAGGAGUUAAAGAGCUACUCGUAAACAACAGACUUGAAACCUCAUCUUCGCCAGGAUUAGUACUAACAUUAAGUCUUUGGAGAACGUCUAGAGUCUUCCAUAUCGAGUUUCCUCACAUUUUAAAAGGACUAGUAGUGAAGAAUGUUAAGCUCCUUGGCCGGGAUUGUAUUUAAGAGUGACGGUCAGGAAAAAUGGACUAAAAUCUUAAUUUUGUUGCAAGAGUUGAAAAAUCAAUUUUUUUUCAUUUUAUGUUCUUUUAGGUAGAUAAGAAACCUAACGUAGAUUUUUCCUGCCAAAAGCGAUUUUUUUUUUGUUAGAAAAAUUAGAAGAUUGGUUUUCAAUGCCGGUGUCUCAGACUGCCCUAAUUUUUAACCUCAAAUUCACUAACAUCAACUUUCCCUUGUGUUUGCAAACGAAGUUGCAUGGAAAAAUUUGGUCACUUUCCAUGAAAAGAAAAAUUCUUUUUCUUCCACUUAAAGAUACCUUCAGGGCAAUAGCAAAGCUCAUCGUACUGAAAUAAUUCAAAAAUGAGGGAUAAAUUUUCAGGAUAACAAAAACUUAAGUUUGUUACUCAUUUUCAACGGCAAUAUUUAACAUGUGGUAUAACUCCAAAUUCUCUUAAUGCUACUUAAAUCACAAAUUUUGGGUUGAAAAUAUGGCCAUUUUGAGACUCAGACCACAAAAACUGAUAUUCUUACUUUUCUCGCAAAUAAAAGGCUUUUUGCACGAACAACUUAGAUCAGAUUACUGAUCUACCUAAAAGCUAUUUGCGGACAAAAAAUGAAGGAAAUCGAUUUUUCAACUCCUGCCACUCGAUGGUCAAUAUUUCCUGACCAUCACUCUUAAUCAACGUGUUUGUGUCACCGAUAAUUUUUUUCGCCAUGCAUCUCACGCACAUGUUCAGGUCUGUUUUGAUCUUCGCUGUUGUAUUUUGAACUUAUAAUGUUUGUAUGUUCUGACUAUUUGUAAUAAAUUGUUGAAACACGGUUUUAUUCAACCUUACAAUUUCGGGAAACAAUGCAUUUUCUACCAUGUGCAACGUGAGUAGAAAACCGGUCAAACUGGUCUACCGGUGUACAAAUACGUGAGAUAUUUGAACUCGUUUUGGUUGUUAUUUGUACUCUACUGAGUGAAGUUGAAUAAUAAAUCAUGACACCAAUGAAUUUUCAUUUUUGGCUAGUGAAAGACAUGUUGACCACCAGAAUUAUGAAGGCAAAUUUCUUUGUCAACUGCAAAAGAUGAAUUUACUACUGACAGAACAGGGCCGUACCUAGGAUUUUUUGUCUGCGGGGGCAAACUCGGUUUUCGUGAGAUUUUGGACCAAUAUAGCUACAAGAAACAGCCCAGCAAAAUCAGACACUAUGUUAGAGAAAAAACAUUUAGUUUUCCUGGCGGGGGCAACUGCCCCCUUCGCCCCCCCGCUAUGUACGGCCCUGCAGAAGUGUGGUACAAUUUAAAGGGGGAAGAUGGCGAACUGUUGUUGAUGGAAGAUACUUAAAAUGUGCAUGCAUAUAGCGAAAAGGGCUUAUAAAUGGAGGGGUUUAUAUAAUAUAAAGCGCACUGAAACAAGCUAGCAGUGGUGAUCAAAUUGCAUUUUGUGUUUACUGGUUUUUACUGAAGCUUCAAAAUGUCAUAAUAAAUUAAAUUCAUUUCAAGACGUGCAAGGGUGGGGCUUAUACCCAGGGGGGGUAUAAUCGGAUGCAUUUUUGGAUUUUUUGUUUGCUGGUAAAUGGACCUAUACUGGCAGGGCAUAUAACUUGGGGGGACUUAUAAGUGGUAUUUAUUGGUAUUAGUUACAAAAACAAGUUAUGCAAAGUAUACGUAAUGCAUUAAAUAAUGAAAGGGAAAAAUCAUUGUAUACAGAAGGGGAAAAAGAACAAAGCAAAACGCAUGGGAUGAAGCUACACUCAGCUGAGACUGGAUCCAAGUGUCCCUAUCUCACAAUUUGGUCUCAAAUGAAGGGGGUGAUAAAAGGAAAGUGACAGCAACAGAAAGAAAAAAAAUUCCCAGAACUGGGAAAAACAUUUUCCCAUGGUUUGAAUGUAGCUGUAUAUUUGUUUAUUUAACCAGCUGGAUGUUCAUAAUUCUGUAAUUAACUUUAGUAUUAUCAGUGAUUUGUUUGCCUGUUAUAAAGUGAAUGAUGUUUCUGUUUGCUUGAUGUGUUUCACUUUACAGCUGCUUGGUAACUUGUUUAUAUUCAUAUGUGCCAACAUCACAGGAGUUUUUACAAAGUAUCCUACUGAAAUUUCACAGCGCAGAGCUUUCCUUGAAACUAGGAGAUGCAUAGAGUCAAGAUUGACAAUAAUGAAAGAAAAUCAAAAUCAGGUACAUGACUUCUAUUAGUUUGUAAAAGUUAUUGUUUUGAAAAAGGUGGGUGUAGACAAAACCUGGGUCCAGACCCAUAGGUGUUAUUGUUGUUUUUAUUAUUAUAUUUGAAGGUCUUCAGUGUUGCUGUUUGCAGGGCAAAGGCAGAACCUUCAAUCAUUGCAGUGUACCUUCAUUUCUCUAUUAUUUUAAGACCCUGAGUAUUGGUCUGGCCCCAGAGUUCAAAUCUACAAAAUUGACUGAACUAGUCCUGCCGUGGAUACUUUGGAAUUACACUAAAGUAUAUUUAGAGAUUUAUUUCAAGUCAACUGCGACAAGGAUAGAAAAUUUAAAAUCUCUGAUUUCAGGCUUUUUUUAAGUACAAUAGAGUUACUGUAAUAAUGGGAAGUGCUUGAUUAGGUUCUUGGGGCCAUUACUUUGGGCAAAUUUAACUAAAGAGGAAAGGAACAUCAGAGCUUCAAAUAACGGCCAGUCAAUGGAGAAUGUGUGGUCAAAAAAAGGCUUUGUCCAGUCAAAUCCUUGACUGACCGGACAUCUUGUCCACUCUUUUAUGCUUCUAAUGUAAUUCAGACCUUCACUUUUUUAAAUAUACGAUUGGUCAAGAUUGGAUAUUGUUGAUGAUCUUGAAGGAAAAAAAGUUGGGGGAGAGAGAGAAAAAGGAGACCAGAUCAAGAACGUUUAUUACGUAAACCGUUCAUAACCAGGGUAGGUCGCGGAAAAGAGAUCGGUAUUGUGCUGAUUUCACGAACGUUUGUACUGAAACAAGACGGAAAUUUUGCCAAUUUUGGGGGAGGGGGGAAAUUAGGAGUGUUAGCCUGUGCAACAAUAACAACAACAGAAACACCAACUACUUGUAAAUGUUGGCUUUUAAAGCCGCUGAUUUUUUGCUCAAAACUCCGGCUUGCUUUGCGAUCUCAUAUUCGCUCACACAGAUAUAUAUAUUUUUUUAGAGAUCAUCAUUUGCUCUUUUAACAACAAUCAGCUCAGAAAUGUGCCAAUGGCAAAGCUUUUUAUGUCGUGCACUGGCCAGUUCCCAGUUUUUUGCAAUAAUAAUGCAUCAAUCAGCGGCUUCCCCCUGGGGGCCACCCCUGGGAACCCUGGGGGAUUUGUCCAAAUGCCCAUUCAAACCUCAUCAAAUCCCCCUGAGAAAUUCUGACAAAUCCCCUGCCCCCUGGAUGCAACGUAUGAAUUUUACGCACAAAAACUAGCCGUUUGCUUUGCUUAGACCCUCCAUUUAAAGUUUGUUGUAUUUCAUUGCAGUUGGCCCCACUUGACUAAAUAGUUGUAUUGUAUAAUUUUUUUUCCCCUUUCUUUUAAGGUUUUGAGGGCUGUUAUGUAAACUACUUGGUUACUGGUAAUAAUGUAGUUUACCCUUGGUCAAUAAAGUUUCUUUCUUUCUUUUUCUUUCUAAAAAUGGAAAAAAGGCAUAUGGUUUUUGAGCGCUGUUAGUCCCUGGGAUGCACCUGAAAUUUGGUGAAUUGGGUACUACCCAGGACUGGACUCCUAAAAAUAGAAAAGGACCCUCAAUUUUAGGUUGCUGGAGUUCCCAUGCAUGGACCACUAAUUUUUAAAAGUAUAGGAACUCUGCAGGACUCUCAUGGUAUAAUCACCUACAGAUCCUUGCACUUAAAGCAAUGAGGGCGCAAAGUGAAUGCAUCGAACAACAUCCGGGAAUCAUCAGUAGCGUGUACCGUUGACCAGCAAAUCCUCAGGGUCUGCCCCCUGGGGUGCAAUCUCUAUGAACAAAAGUGAUAUUUUCUCCCACACCCUCAGGCAACAAAUAUCUGACAAAUUAUCUUGACAAAUGCCCUUGGGUUCCCAUGGGUGCCCCCCAGGGGGAAGCCGCUGAUUGAUGCAUAAUCUAAGAAGACCUGGUAGUUUUGGGACAUUUUCUUGUUAUAGUGACGAAGUUUCAAUAAAUUUGCAAGUUUACGGCAAAAAACAGCCCUGUCAGCCAAGAUAAGUCUCAAAUAUGUUGAACUGACAUGUAUUUGGUAAGACUUCUACCGAAUUGCGAGGUAUUUCGUGUGUUUUUGUGAAUUUUGCGGCUCUGCGUCUGUGCGAAAUUUCAGAAGCCCGCGCUGCAGGGCAGUAACCAUGGUUUUUCAUUUUCCGGAAGUUGCGAGUUUAUUGCUUCAUCCUCUAUAAACAGGGCUUCUGAUAUUUCGCGCGGUCGCGGACCUGCGAAAUUCAGGUUUUUCCGCGAAAUCCCGCGAAAUUCCCAAAAAAACACGAAAUACCGCGAAAUCCGCCAGAAAUAUUUCCAAAUACAUGUCGGCAAAACAUAUUUAAUACUUAUCUUGGCUAUUAGACCUGUUCUAUUCACCCCAAAUGUCCAAAUUUAUCUUGAAACUUUGUUACUGCAACGAGUAACAGCGUCUCAAAACUACCAGGCGUUCUUAGAUGAACGUUGCGAAAAACUGGGUACUAACCAUAAUGUUAACAGCUUUAGCAUUCGCUCAUUUCUCGAGUGAACUGUUGUUGAAAGAGCAAAUGAUUAUCCCUGUUAAAAAGACGUUAAACAGUGCUGGUCAUAUCAACGCAAAAUUGAUCGAUUUUAACGAAAUUUGCCAAAAAAUCCAGCGAAAUCGGCUGUUUUUUACUGAUUGUUUCUUGGAGAAGUUUUCCCCCAAAAUUUCCCGUGAAAUCGGCCGAUUUUUCUAAGAAUUUGCCCCGAAAAUCCUUCAAAAUUUGACUUUUUUCCGCUAAAAUCCCGCGAAAUUGGCCGAUUUUUCUGCGAAUUUUGACUUUUCUCCCGCGAAAAUCCCGCGAAAUCGGCCGAUUUGUGAGCAAAUUUUGACUUUUUUUCCCGCGAAAAUCCCGCUAAAUCGGCCGAUUUUUCCGCGAAUUUGCCCCUGAAAAUCCCGCGAAAUUUUGCGUUUUUUUCCGCGAAAUAUCAGAAGCCCUGUAUAAAGUCGUCACCCUAAACUCAGGAGUAGGGUUGUAGUAUUGUAAAGUAUUAUUAUACAGUCCACAUGUAUUUUACUGUAAAGUGCAAUCAGAUAAUCCUAGAUGAAAGACAUUUGUCUGUCCAAAAAUGGGUUGUGUCUGAGCAGAAAUGGGUUUGAUGGGACAACUUGACCGACGCCAUCCGGGAAAUUAUUUCAAGCCCUGAACAUGAAGCUCUGUGAGCUUUUAAUGAUAAAAAAAGGCAUUGUUGACUCUAAUACUGUUACAACCAGCUAUGUUCCGAAUAAGGUUGGAAGUUAAGACUUGAUUUUUUUCUCUUUAUUUUAGGAACGUCUGCUGCUUUCAGUUUUGCCAAGAUAUGUUGCCAUGGAGAUGAAGGCAGACAUAGAAAGUAGUAGAACAGAUACUUUGCAGUUUCACAAGAUUUACAUCAAGAGACACGAGAAUGUUAGGUUUGUAAUUGCAGUCAUAUUACAUGUACUUAUUAAUAAGUAAAUCUGCUGUUCAUCUCUGUGAAUAAUAGUCAUAAGACAGUGAUUGUUUUCUAAAGAGUUAAAGCACCACUAUAUCUCAAUGUUAUUCAAUUCCAAUUCAAUUUUUUUUCAUUUACACACAAUUUGCUAUUGAUUGUUUUAUCUUCAAAAACUUCAAGACUGUAUUUAUUGCUGUUCCAACAAUAGAAGGAAUUGAAAAGUAAUGAUAAAAGACACUGAUAUGUGUUUAAUGGAGAAUUAAUAUAUUUGAAAAUGCUAUUUGUCCCUUUGUUGAUUAAUGGGAUUUUUAUGAAGGAAAUGUCCCCGGUGUUUUAUCUUCAAGCAGCUUUGUAUCUUCUGGUGUAUAGCCUUAGCCCAAACACUAGUACAUGUACAUGUAGAUGUAGAUAUGCUGCACUUGUUGAUAUGCCCCUUCUGAAGGUUCAAAUGUGAAUAAAGCAAUAGUGUUUAAAUGUAAUAAUGUGGAGAUCAAUGUAGCUAAUAUCAGCUAAUCAAGCUUAUUGAUUAGACAAGCUGGUUAUAUUCUUAACUGGUUCUUCAAAAUUGUGCCAGCAUCUUUGUGUCCCAUGCAAUUUGAGCCAUUGGUAAGCCCUCUUUCAGGCAGUGAAAUUCCCUCCUGGCUGUUAGUUUGCCUCAUACUUUAGCUACAUCCCUGAUUAUCUCUCUGUUUUCUGUUCUCUGUUUUCAGUAUUUUGUUUGCUGAUAUUGAAGGAUUUACAAUGCUUUCAUCUCAGUGCACUGCUCAGCAGCUUGUUCAGUAUCUGAAUGAAUUAUUUGCCAGUUUUGACACACUUGCUGUGGUAUGUUUUUGUUUUUGUUUUUUAUUUAACGUUCUUUUUAUUAUAUAUUUAUUUAGAUGCUUCCACUUAGUUAUGUUAGCAAAAAAAUAAUAAAAUAACUGGACAAUCGGUUUAAAUUUUAUCUUCUGUUGCUUUGGACAUGCUAUGGUUGUGACAAAUGAUGCUGAGUUUGAAAUAAUGCAAAAUAUAAUUAAACCAAGGAUAAAUUGAACCGCAAUGUUGAGAAAGGGAUUAACAAAUGUUAAAAUCAAAUUCACAAUGAGCAAAAUUCACAUUGUGUAGUUCCAGAAAAUAUCCAGACCCCCACCACAGAGGGAAUUUCACUUAGGACCCCCCCACCUCCCUGGAUUUUCCAUUUUUGCAGGGAACUGAUGACCCCCCACCCCUUCGGAAUUUCCACAAGUGUGACAAAGACCCCCCAACCCCUCUGGAAAAGUUCAUUUUCACGAAGAAAGACUAUUAAAGUAGAAGAAUGAGGCAACUUAUGGUUAGUACCCAACGGUUUCCAUUUAUUUGAGUGAUCUCGCAACAUUAAAACACACUACACCACCACAAAGUAACCUGAUCUGUAAUUUUUGCUCAUCUCUUACUUUAAAUGAAACAGAGAAAGUUAAUAAGUCGGUUAUAUUUGUGAAUUUGCCUUAAUCAGGGCAAGCUUAGAUUUGUUAUUCGUCUCAUGGGCGUAAUGUUGAUAGAAUUAACGCCAUUUCGUGCAGGAAUGCAGAACAAGUCAAAGUUACAACCACAAAAUUAAUGCAAAACAAAGAGGAGAAUAAAAACUCUGAAUGCUGAAAUGAUAACAAUGAAUACCCCUGCAUUUUGAAGAUACUUGAUGGGAAACCAAGUUCAAUUUACUGUUUUUCGAUCGACUGAUGCGACGUGAUGCGCGAUGGCCGUAUAAAUGUUGGUGAAAUCAACACCAUUUUAGCGAGAAUUUGAUCAAGAACAUGCCAUACAUUCAACCAAAAAAUUAAGGGAAAAUGAAAAGGAGAAUAAAAACUCUUCAUUCUAAAAUGGUUACAAUAAUAGCAAUAGCUUGUGCUUCGUGAGGCAAAAUUGCCACUCUUCUCAUCUAUCGAUCGACUGACGCAACGUGGUGUGUUGCGUGAUGUGUUGCAUGCGUUGAUGUUUUGGGGAAGACUGGUAAUGAGUAAUGGCGGCCGAAUAUACGAGCAUGCGAUAAAACGAGUUGUAGUCGGUCUAAUAUUCCUUUGAAAUUACAUCCAAAACACUUUUGCAAGAAAGGAAACCUGGUUAAGAUUAAAAGGAACAAUCUUAAGUGAUAUAUUUCAAGUUAUUUAUGUCCUAAAAAUGAUCUACCAGGUCGGUAACAAGCAAUGUUCGAUCUCAGGUCAAAAACAAAAUGAUAUUGCCCCCCUGGAAAGUGAUUUUAUGGUCCAACCCCCCUCCCUUCUGGAAUUUCCUGGGCCUCUGACCCCCCCACCCUCUUGGAAUUUCCAAUUCCCUCCGUAGUGGGGGUCUGGAUAUUUUCUGGAACCACACAUCACACAAUUAACAUGCAAUUUUGAAUACUAUGUUACUUGACUCUUUAGUCUUAGAAGUGGCCAAGAAAAAAUAUUACGAUAUUCCUUUUGGUAACAUCAUAAGAAAUAAAUUUUACUUUGCAAAAAUCUCCUAGCGGUGUUUGAUUUGAAUGGUAAUUACACAAUGGGAUUUCAUCUAAAGAUUUAAUAGUGACGACUAAUCACACCUUACGUUAGCCAAGGAAUGGGUUAAUAUUGUUUUAAAUUUGUCCCAGAAUUUAGCAAUUUCUUAUUAUAACCUCGAAAGGUGGUUUCUGAAGGAUCAAAAUGUGUGCUUGUUCUUUUUCCUGACUAAGGAAACCCGUUCAGCUGUCAAAUCAGCAGCCCAGUUUCUGUUCCCAAAGUUAUGGAAAAUUAGUUUUCAGCCAUUUUUCUUUAGUUGCGGGAAUACAUUGUGUGUUUCCUAAACCAUGCAUAGUGAUUUCAACAGGGCUUCUGAUAUUUCGCGCAGACGCGAAGGUAUUUCCGCGAAAUUCCCCCAAAAACGCGAAAUACAGCUAAAUCUGCCAAAAUAUUUCCAAAUACUUGUUUCAAAACAUAUUUAAUACUUAUCUUGGCCAUUAGACCUGUUUUAUUCACCCCAAACGUCCAAAUUUAUCUUGAAACUUCAUCCCAAAACAAGUAAACAACGUCCCAAAACUACCAGGUGUUCUUAGAUUAAUGUUGCGAAAAACUGGGCACUAACCAUAAUGUUAAUAGCUUUAGCAUUCGCUUAUUUCUCGAGCAAACUGUUGUUGAAAGAGCAAAUGAUUAUCCCUGUUAAAAAAACGUUAAACAACGCUGGUCAUAUCGACGCAGAAUUGAUCGAUUUUAGCGAAAUUUGCCAAAAAAAAUCCAGCGAAAUCGGCUGUUUUUUACUGAUUGUUUAUUGGCGAAGUUUCCCCCCGAAAUUUCCUGUGAAAUCGGCUGAUUUUUCUAAGAAUUUGCCCUUUAAAAUCCUUCGAAAUUUGACUUUUUUCCGCUAAACUCCCGCGAAAGCGAACAAUUUUUCGGCGAAUUUUGACUUUUCCCCCGCGAAAAUCCCACGAAAUCAGCCAAUUUUUCCUCGAAUUUUGACUUUUUUCCCGCGAAAUCGGCCGAUUUUUCCGCGAAUUUGCCCCUGAAAAUCCCGCAAAGUUUUGCUGUUUUUUCCGCGAAAUAUCAGAAGCCCUGUUUCAAGGUUAAACCAAAGUUGCUUUAAUGUAUUAGCCUUGGAAAAUGAGUCUUACAGCUACAUGUAUUGUCAAAGUUGUUUUUGAAGCCAUGGGCCCAUUUAUGAAUAAACGCUAACAAUACAUUCUGGUAGCUAUUGUACAGCCAGUAUGUAGAAGGACAGAUUUUUGUUCAAGUUCUUAAUAUUAUAAAUGUCUAUCUUUUUAUUUAGGAGAACCACUGUCUACGUAUUAAGAUUUUGGGCGAUUGUUACUACUGUGUAUCAGGGUUGCCAGAUCCGCGUCCUGAUCAUGCUCACUGUUGCAUUGAGAUGGGCUUGGAAAUGAUUGAUGCUAUUGCGUGAGUAGAUUGUGUGGUUAGGCAUACUUAUUACUGUAUAUUUUCAGCGCAGUCACCAAGAUUUCAAGUUGCUGGGUAUGUGCAUUAGUAGGCAGAGAAUUGAACAGCUACAGUGGGAAGUUCUUUCGGUUCUGUUUCUGUCGUUCUUUUGUUUCCCAUAAAAGUAGCAAAGGGUCUUGCUCAUAUUAGUGGGGGGAAAUCCCUGGUUUGUGGCCCUCAGUGACUGACCUUUGUUUGUGGUUCUGAAGCUUUUCUAAAAUUAUGUUGUUUUUUUUACAGGAGUGUGCGUGAAGCAACAGGUGUUAAUUUGAACAUGAGGGUUGGCGUACACAUGGGAAAGGUUCACAGUGGAGUAUUGGGAUUAGUCAAGUGGCAGUAUGAUGUGUGGUCUGAUGAUGUGACAACUGCCAAUCAUAUGGAGUCAGGAGGACUUCCAGGGUAUAUUAAUUUGAUUUUUGUGUAGUUAACAAAAAUAAUCUUAUGAGCUUAGGACUGAAAUAAACCUUUUAACUCGUAAAGUAGUCAACUAAAGGUGCUUUUGUCAUUAAGAGCUCAAUUUAACAUUCAUGCAUAUUAAUGCUCUGGAUUCAACAUGGCAAAUUAAGCUUUAAAUCCUUUAAAUUUUAUUUUUCAUCUUGUGUUAGUUUUUUUCUAGUUGAUGAAAGGUUCAUUAGGGUUCUGGUUGUCAGCAUUUUUGAUUCACUCUUGUAUUACAUACAUGUACUUCAUUUCAGGCGUGUGCACAUAACAACAUCUGUUCUUAACUGUUUGAAUGGUGAUUAUCAAGUUGAGGAAGGGUGUGGUCAGGAGCGUGAUUCAUAUCUGAAGCAGUACAACAUUAAUUCAUACUUAAUAGUUGCUGAGCACCCAAGGGUGAGUUUUUGUCUUUCUAUAGUUUCUUCUGUUUAAACGUAAGUGAAGUUUUCUUACAUGUACUGUAAAUGAAUAAAACUGGGUUUACCCCCAGAGUCAAAAAUUGAGAACAUUACCAACUGAGAGAAAUCUAAUGUCGCUAAAUUCAACUUCAAAUAAACUUCACUUGAGGUAUUGGAACUGCUAUAAAGUGAAAAUAUGAUCAUGCUUUUAAAGUCGCUUCUUUGAAAUGUACUCUUAACAUGAACUCAAAUUUUAAAGAAGAAGUAUUUUCGUUAAAUAGAAGCCGAGAAAACAAAGACCAAAAUUCUCUUAGAUUCUGCUUCCCAAAAUAAAGUAUGAUUGUUUUGAUAUUUCUAAAUCACCUAAAUGACCUUUUAUGCAAAUUGGCUCGUUUCUAAGGCUAAAACAUUGUUUACAAUGCCAUAUUGAGAGCACAUCACGUAACGAAUUCAAACAAAGAUUUUCGCAUUUUCUUGCCACUUUCCAUGCUACAGUUGGGUCAGUGUUGCAACAAACAUUAAGAAUAGCAGUUUGCUCGUAAGAAUUCAAGCUGGCAACGAAGAAAACAGUGCAGCGCGACGAAAAUUGAGAGCGAAUUAAGGGCAAUUUUGCGGCUGCCUCGGACCGCACUGAAAACAAAUUGAUGUAAAAAUAUGAGGAUUUACAAUAUCGCGCUGAAACUUGCCAGGUUUAGUCACAUGAUGUCAGGGAAAAAUGUAUUAAAUUCCCAGCUGUUGCCGGAAUAUUUUUGAAUUUUGGCAGCAGACUGAAGUUAUAGGGCAUUACAAAUAUAUUCCACCUCUAUUAUCUCAGGAAAAAUUUACUGGCUACUGCCUGGAAUUUAAACGUAAAUGAACAAUCUAAUUAUAAGUCAGUUUCUAGAUAUCUAGUUUCUAGAUAUAUAUUUCCUAGAUAUUGAGAGAAAGCCAGAAAUAUGGAAUUAUUGAAUAUUUGACCCUGCGAUAGAAAUCAGAAAUAACACCUUAGGUGUGAAAAUUGACACCUCAGACAUCAUUUUUCUGAAAGCUCGGCUCUCGCUUGAUAGGUCUGUGUAAUUUUUCAUUCCAAAAUUCUGUAUUAUUUCAGAAAUAAUUUUUUCAAAUGGAAUGGCUUAAAGCAAAUCUAAUACCUUAAGUGAAAGGUGUUAUUUGUGUCAUCUAUGAUUUCCAAUGUUGUCCCUAAAAAAAGGUAAAAAAACUGAUGGCUAAUGAGUGGAUAGUGAACAGCUUUUCAAAGCCUUUCAAGGGUUUGAUAAACACUUUGAACCCUGGGAGCAAAAAUUUUUAACGGCUUUGAAGGUGUUCCAAUGGGUUGUCUUGAUUAAAAACUUAAAACUUUAUGAGCCAAAUAUUUAAACGAAGUCUAACUUAAACCGCGGUUUAAUGAAUCUUUGAACCUCCAGAUCUCUUCUUUGGUGGGUUGUUUAAAGAAGAUAAAUGCUUUUCUAGUCUUCUCCAUAUGCUUUCAUAAAACUGUUCACAAUAAAUGAUGUUUAGAUAAAAUUGUUGGGCAAAUUGAAAAUGACUUAGAACGCGUUUUUGUUAAACGCUGGCUAAACUACGUUUAAAUAUUUGGCCCUAUAGGUUUUAAAAAUAACGGAAAUUUACAGGCUUAUGCUUCAAAAAUAAAAGUAAACAAAGACCUUCUCUGAAUCCUUUCAAGUGUUUUGGAUUCUAAUGACUUUUUCUAACAUGUCUUACUUUGUUCCAAUACUUUUAACUGCAAGGCAAAAACAAUUAUCACGUCCAUUUUAAUGAUUAUCCAAUAGUUUAUGUAAAUAAGUGCAUUUAGCUGUUAAACAGAAAAGUGUUAGUGUAUGAAAUCCUGGAGAAAGUUCACCUCCCAUUUUACUUUUUUUUUUUCACACACAAUAAUGAUCAAAGAAAAAAAACAGUGAGGCAUGAAUGGUGUUAUGAGUGGCACAGAAUUUUAUAAUAAUUUGUUGGUUGAAUUUCACUCAAAAUUUGUAUAGAAUGUUAACAGCUUCUUUCCAUGAAUACCUCCAUAAACUCAUCUUUGCUAUCUGGGAUGUAGUGCAGUAGGUUGUGUAAUAAUUAUUGAUAACUUGUUGAGAUCUCAUUGGCUUUUUUGUCCGUUGUUUUUUUUCCUGUGAAUAUGUUGAACAUGUUGUUUGGAAUUCAUAGAAGGUGAGAAAAACGCAUUGGUUGACAUUUUCAUAUUAAUUUUUUACCAGUAAUUGUGGCACUGAUGUUGCUGUUAUCACAUCAGAGCUGUCUCAAACUUGAGUACUUUAGCCACUGACAUUACUUUCAACAAUUGUUUUUAAGGGUUUGCGUAAUGUAAUUUGGUUUAUUAAGUUUAUGGGGUACCUUCAAGUCAAAAAUUUUCGUCAACUUUUAUUCCUUUCUUUGUUAAAGUAGAUGGCCAAGUAUGUCUUUCAUGUGAGGGAAACUACUCAAAAUUACUGAAUAAUUACUGGGAAAUGAUGUUUUACAUUUUGAUGGGAAGUAGGAGUUAAGAAUAAUUUGUUUUCUGACACUAUUUUGUCUGUACACUUUCUAGGGCUCGAACUCAUAGAGAAUUUGUUCAAACGGCCUCAGAUUUUGAAGUGCAGUAUUUUAAUGACUGGAAAACAAUCAAUAGUGUUUGCUUGAGUUUUUUUUUCUCAAAUUUGUUUAGUUCAGAGGCAUUUCUUUUCAACCACCCCAUUGAAAAAAUAAAAAUGACAAAACUAGCACACAUUUUAGCACUUUGAUCAGAUCAAAAGUACAGUGUAGAGGUCAGGAUUAGCCAAUAUUCAACUUAUUUAUUACCUCAAGCUUGCUUUUAAAUCCUUGACUGAACUUACUUCUCAUCAGUCAAGAUACCCCUAGCGUACAUAGAUAUUAAUGUUAGCCUUAUAUUUAGUGAAUGAUGUCAUGGCUUAUUUAAAAUUUAAAAUUAAUGUGUUAAACAAAUUUGAGUUUAUAGUAGGUUGAAUGAAAAUUUUUUCUUUCUCUUGUAUUCUGUUUCAUGUUUCUUCAAUCCACAUUGUACACAUUUUUGUGUGAGCAGAAGGUAAGAAGCUCAGCUCUGUGAAGAAAAAUUCCAUAUUGUGGUGUAGUCAAUUACAUUGUGGAAUGAAUGUUGUCAUAGCAAUUAGGCCAUUAUCUCAAUGGCAUCUAUUUGUUGUAGUAUUAUUAAAUGAUGCCGUCAUGAAAAUGGUCUGUUGCUUUCUUAAUAAAUUUUGUAAGAAAUGCUGAUCAGCUGGGUCAAAAAUGUACUUGUGUCUCAAACAGGCAGGAAAUCAAGUUUUUUUCCCUGGUUGACCUAUGGUGUCGGAAAUCUGGCCAAGGAUGGGGUGGGUGGGGGGGGGAAGGUCCAACAUUCCACGAAAUUAAAUGAAAGCUGGACCUCGGGACAUUAUUUAAUGUAACCCUUUGUGUUGAAGGAUAGUUUGUAAGACAAACUGAGGAGUUGUGCAUUAAAUAGUGAUCCAAAUCAUUAGAAAAAAGUUAGCGUUUGUAUUGUGGCCGAGUAUGCAUUAUUUUGUCACAGAAAUGUUUUCUUUUUCAUGCUGAACCUGCAUCAAGCUACGGAGAUAGCAGGUUUACAGUGAAAUAUGUUUUAACCAUGGGUUUAAAUACAUCAGUCCUAUCCUUAAUUCUUAAAAAAAUUCUCUUAUGUCUGGUAUUCAUUAUGUUCAAAACAGUGAUGGUACCAAGAAGAGGAACCUCUAAUAGUUCCAUUAUUGUUGACUCACUUGUUCCCAGAGAAAUCAACACAAAUACGCCACCUUUGUCCAGGAAGUAUAUAAUCUGAUGAUGUUAUUACAUGAAUUUUUCAGCCAAAGGAUACAACUAUUAAAGAUAAUAAACAGGAGGAUCAAGAAAAGAAAAUGCAAGAUAGGUAAGUUUAUCAAUUUCUCAUUUCAUCUAGUACUACCAGUUAUUUUCACCUCAAUACCUGGUACUUGUCUACCAUCUUUAAAGAACUUAUGUAUUAGGACAGCAGGAAGAAGAGGAUGGUAAACCUUGUGUGUCAAGCAAUAAUUAUGUUUGGAAAUAUUUUCCACCAAACUUCACUUUCCUUCCAAGAGAUAUCUUUGUAAAAGACCAGAAAACACCAGUGUUAAGUGAAGAUCACCACAAAACAUGCACAUAAUAGGCCUGUUACGUUUGUCACCCACAAACGUUUUGCUGUCUUUCUCAUUCUGCCAUCCUGUUGUGUAAGCUCACUUUUGUGAAGAUGAAAUAAUCAGCAUGUCACAAGCAUGGGACAAAGAAAAACCUGAGUCCCAGACAGCAUUCGAACCUAUGACCUCCCAAACACUGGGUGGGCACUCUACCCACUGAGCUGUGGAGAACUCAUGGAGAGCGAGGCCAUAUACUAGGUUCAUAUUUGACAUGCGUCCUGCAUACUGCUAGGAUCAGCAAUGUCGAGAUCAUACUGUAUGGUGAAAGAAUGAAAGAUGGUAAAUUUUAAGCUCGGUGAACAAAUUUGAAGAUGAAAUGAUCAGCAUGUCAUGAGUGCAUCCACCAAACUUACUUUUGUUCAUGCCUAGUUACCUACAGGUGAUUUGAAGAUGUGCCAUAUUCACAGCUAACCCCUAUUUUCUGUAGCCCAUUCAGGGUUUGUGCAUUUUUGUACAAUCAGUGAAAUUACAUUCCUGGUAGGUGGUCAUUAGAAAUCCUUAAAAAUGGUUGCAAAUUUUUGUGUGAACCCUGCCUUUUCCUGUCCUCUAUCAGACACAUGCCCUUUGAGGGAUAGUCACCUUUGCAUGAGUUUGAUCAUAAAGCUGUAAGCUGAUUUUUAUGUAUGUAAUCUCUUGUUACUGAAAAACACAAGGCUGCUGCUUCAGAAAAUUUUUUGGGAGCCCUUUGGGCUCCUAAAAUAAAACAUGAGGAGCCCUAGCCACAUUUCUAGGAGCCCAUUGCAUAUUAAUCAAUAAACUUAAAUAAGUAAGCAGAUGCUCGAAACUUGAUUCAUGUGACAAAUUGAGUUUUGAAUUUCCAGAAAAGUGCUUGUUUGCUUACUUUUAACAGCGGAAAUUUUUUGCCUACAGUUGAUGAACAUGUGUUUUAUGUUUUCAUUUUAAAAGCACAAAAUGAGCAGGAAUUCUGUUGUUUGUUCAGUGGAAGUAGGCAUAGAGGUUAUUGCCAUCGGAAUCAUAAGUUUUUGGUGUUCAUGCAGGCUCCUUGUUUAAGAUUUUUGCCCCCUGUGAGCAAAUCGUAGGAGUCUCUGGUGACCAGGCACCUGUUAGGCAGCAGCCUUGUAACAUGUCAUCAAGCUUUCAUUGAAAUUAAAAGUUGUUGUUUUUUUUAAUGAUUAAAAGAGAAGUUGUAUCUCAGAUUACAAGAUAUAUAGGAACGUGUAAAGCUACAUUUCCAUCAAUUAGAGUGUACAAAUAUAUAAGAAAUAUAUGUUAUGAUUAUUUUUAAAGGUUAGGAAUCACAGCAUCAAACCAGCAAGAUCCAGAGGAUGAAGUCAAUGAAUUUUUAGGGAGCUCCAUAGAAGCACGGAGUAUUGAUAAGUAAGUUGUCUUUUGGGGUGCCUACAUGUAUUGGAAGGGAAAGAGACUCUGGGAUAUGGGAUUUGUUUUGUAAAUCUAGUCUUGCCUUGAGGAUGGAAAGAGAUUGCCACUAAGUCAUCUCCCCUACUACAACACAGAAGGUUAUCCAGGGUUCAUACAGAGUCUUGAAUUCUUGAAAACGUUGCGAAAGAACGUUGCAAAACGGUUUUCCAGACCUGGAAAAAGUCUAGGAAAUUGAUAAGGAUAAAGUCUGGGAAAGUGGUACCAUGUUGUUUUUUCGCGGGCUACAACAAGUGCUUUAGCUAGUGAAUUUUUUUCCCGUGGUCUCGCCUGAAGCCAACACAUUCAAUAAUACACAUGAAGAUUGAGAAGUUUCACAACUCUCUUAUGUCCUCAUUGCACCAUGGUUUCUGAACAUUUGAAGAGCAACAUGAGAAUAGCUUGCUUCCUGCACUUUUCAAGGCCUCUGUUGAUCACCUUUUUAAUAACCUUGAGUCUAGUCUUUUUUUUUAAAAAAGUCUGGAAAACUAAAGUCUUGAAGUUGGGAUCCAAAAAAUAUACCAAUCUUGGCUGGUCACCACAGUCUAUAUUUAGUGCCUAUAUUAAUGUCACUUUCUGUAACUAAAAUUGUUGUAGCUGUAAUCAUAUCCACUCUGGCAUGAACAUAAUAAUAUUAUUCAAUCCUGCAUCCCUAUCCUUAGCUCUCUCUUGUGCCUUUUUAUUCAUUUACAUUCUUCACUGACAGAAUGUUUUGUGUUAUUGCAGACUACGGAAAGACUAUGUGCGGCCACUGCUCCUCACUUUCAAAGAUCCAGCUAAAGAAGAUCUUGUAUGUGUUUAUAUUUGACUGGUGCAUGUAUUCUAUACAACCUGGCUUUAAAGAGCUUAAUUGUUAUUGUUCUGAAAACAUCUGCAUGAUAGAAAUCAGGCAGUAAGAAAAAAUUACUGUUUUAAACAUCUGGCAAAUUUUAAAGGCCAGGGGGGCUGAGUAGGAUAACCCCCCCUCCCCCCCAAAAAAAUUAAUGGCAGUAAGGAUAUUUUUUUGAAAAUACACAAUGUCUUCUAUUAACACUGCAAAAGCCAGUGUGCAAGUCUUAAAAACCGCUGUACACUGUUAGUUUUACAUGCAAAGUUAGUGGUUUCAUUUCAAGGUAUUUUGCAGCAGAAAUUUGACAUCCACUUGAAUAUGAAUGACUGUCGCUAAAGGUGUUUCGAUAGUUUUUUGGAGGCCAUACCGAUAUUCUUCAAUGGCCUUAAAAGUGAUUUUACCAGUGAUUGACUAUGAAUUGAAGUUUGUCAAACUGUAGUUUUUUUUAUGACAACAAUAAACAAAAAAUAUUGAAAUGGAUAAAAGCCGAAUUUUACGCAAUCUAGACCUGCUCCUCAAAAGUUAACACCAGGAACUUAAAGUGUGUUGGUAUGGCCUCUGAAAAACGGUGUUGAAACACCUUAACUAACAAUAAAAAUAUACAUAAACAUAUGUUGUCUUUAUUUUGUUUGCCUUUCUAGUACUCCCAAGAGAAAGAUAGAAUGUUCAAGUCCUAUACAGCAUGCAUUUGUCUUCUGUUCAUUUUUAUAUUUGUAAUUCAAGUCACAACUCUCCCAAGGUAUGUAAUGUAACAAACAAAUUCAUUUAAUGAUGAUGAUACGGAAGACUAAAAUGAAUACAGUAUUUUAGAAUUGUCUGAUUUUUCCUUGGCAUCUGUGUAGUACCUAAAAAAUAACACUCUUGCAAAAUUUGAAUUUGAAAUGGGCAGUUAAAAAUCUUGGCAACUGGUGUUUCUUUCUUUUCACCAUUUUCACGUUACCCAUAAUACCAAAAUCCUGCAUACAUAUAAGCUUGUCUUGAGUUUCUGUUGGGAUACUGUAAUAUGGAGGAGAAAUCGGAAACAUUGGUUAUGCAAAAUGUUUUUGAGGGGAGGGGGUAAACAAGGUGUAUUAUGGGCAAUGUGAAAAUGGUGAAUUGUCACCAUAUAUAGAGGGAGAUAAAUGCGAAAAUUGCAAUCUAUGAAUUUUGGUAUGAUAUGUGAAACGUGAGUCUCUUUAGUUUCAAAACAACCAGAAACUAACAAAACUAGUUAGUAAAUUCGCAAAAAGUAACAAAUAUUUUCUUACAGGACAGUGACUACUAUGGCUGUUUUCUUGUCCACGUUGAUCGUUGUUGCUGUUGUCUUUCUGCUCGUGGUAGCAGAGAAGUGCAGAGUAAGUUCAAGUCUGUCAUUGAUUUUUGCUCUUAUGUGACAUCACCUUUGAUUUUGCAUCACUCUUCAACAAAUGGUUUUACCACUUGUAAUGUAACUGAAGACUUUUUCCAUAAAUUUCUCCGUUACUCCUUUCUUUCCUGUCAUGAUUGAUAUACGGUUAAAUUUCUCUUUUUAAUGAGCAGUGUUUAUAGUUCUUACAAAUAUACUCAACCUAUAUCGUUUUCCAUCACUAUUUUUCUAAAUUCUGCAGGGUGCACCAGAAGUUGUUCGAAAUCUUUCCAAAAAAAUUGCCCAGUCACAAACAAUUUGCAGGGUGGUUGCAACAGUACUUGUUCUCACACUUUACAUCGCUGCUGUUGGAAAUAUUGUAAGUGGUUUUAUUACCCUGUUACUGCAACAACUUUCAACUUUUGUAAAAAAUAAUUAUGUAUUAUCUGAAAGGAAAAAUUUUUCUUAGCAUUGAACAGUUUCCAUAUUUUCAUGAUUUGUGUAAAAUGAAGUAUAGUCCCAGAUUUUGUAACAAAUUUUGAAUCAUUAGUCCUUUUUGCAACACUUGGAUAAGAACUUGCGAAAUUAUCCUUUUCACGUAAGGAACCCUUUGAGUGGUUGCAUGGGAGGAUAACUAACUGAAUGAAAGUGUAGGUUGUUGUUUUGUUAUAACAGGCAUUUUUGUAGUCACCAUAACAUUUCUUCAAUAUGGGCUGCAUACUUCCUUUUCUGGUUCUUGAUUUUGGGUCGUAGUUAUGUUGUUGUUGGACAAUAAAGAGCCCUUAACUUUUUUAUUUAUUUAUUUAUUUGCCUCACAAAAGUAAAAAUAGAGGGAAAAAUCAGCUUCAUUUGAUUGAGGUAUUCAGACUCUUGUUUACAUAGCACCUGUAUCCAGCAAUGCUGUUGAUACUGGCUUAAGGUCCAGCAAAUUGCAUGCGAAUAAUUUUUGAUAAUUUUUACAUGUACAUAUGUGUAAUUAUAACGUUAAUGUGUCUGUAGUUUGGCUGUAACCUGAAAAGACCAACGGAAGGAACAAAUUGGUGUAGUAACCAUACACUGCAUCCCGACAGUGCUUUCUGUGAUUAUCCUCAGGUGAGCAAUCUGUAAUCACACUUACCUUGAUGUCAGGACACCUACAGCUGCAUUAUAUGUGCAGAUACAGCCCCUUUCAUGUUAUAGUAUGGUUGUAUAAGGAUUUUUUAACAGUUUUUGCAAUUUUUAUCCACAGUACUUCACCUUCAGUGUAAUGCUGUCUAUGAUAGGUUGUGCUGUGUUCCUUCAGCUAAGCACGAUACACAAGUUUUCAAUGCUGGCUCUCAUGUCCACCAUCUAUGUUGUGAUAAUACGUGUUGUCUACAAAGAUCUUUUCGAUCAUCACGACAGCAUCCAUUUUUGUGGGUACGUAGUAAGUAGUAGCUGGUAGUCUUAGAGGGGUUGUAACACAGCAGUAUGGUUCUCUUUUUUUCAGUAUUGCCAACAGACCUUACUCAUUCAAGUGACUUUUUGUAAAUAUGCAUGCAUAUGCAGGUGGAUAGGAGGACAUUUCAAAGAAACAUUUCUCUUGUCUGAAAUGGGAAAAACAAAACAUACAAGCUAAAAAGGUCUAUUACUUGCUCUUAAGGUGGAUUUCCACUGUCUCGUAAUUUUCACAUGCACACAGUGACACACACAUAAAUUUACGCGCGUAAAUAAAAUAGAGGCAAUGUAUGGAAAGUGACGGGUGAACGUAAGAGUUGAACCUGGCUUGACUCAGAGAAACACAUCCAUCUAUUUUCUGUUUAGGUCCGAGGGAGACAACUACAUCAAGUGGAUUGAUCUUUCUAUUGUGAUUGUUGUCAUGUUAACAUUGGCAUUAACUGCGCAUGCGUAUUUGGUAAGGAUUUAAAAAAUGUCCACUUAAACCAAUUUUGCGUAAAAUGAAUUUCACCUUUUUUAAGUUCAAACCAUCAUUUUAUCUCCAGACAAACCGUUACUCUGUCAAUGUGUUCUGUUUUUAUUGUCCUUUGUUUAGCUAGUAUGUACAAACAGAACAGAGGCUGUGGUAAACGCCGGUCAUAAUAAGAUUCUUUGUACACCAAAUAUAGAACAGGAGCAUUAAAGUUGCCUUUUUUCAGUGCAAACCUCUUUCACUUCACUCAUUAGUGCCCACAUCAGCUUGCAAUUUCGAGAAUGCUAAAGCAUGUGGUAAAACGUAAGUGAGCGCGUUCCUUUGGUGUCAUGGCUAAUUUAAGAGUAGUCAAUUUUCAUUUUUAGUGGGCUGCAUUUCAACUUUUCUUUGCUUUUCAACAGCAUGAAGAAAUUUCCAGACUUGAUUUCUUGUGGAAACUUCAGGUAAACGGUCUGUCUGGUUUAACCAUUAGUUAUGACAAAAUACUUACGGACCAUUCCCUAAAGCUUAGCCUGUACACAGACGUUGUUUUCUUCAUCUUUUCGGAAAUCGACGUGCGCUUGAAGUCAAUAAAUCCCGGCGGUUUUUAUUUUCAUACGUGCUCUCGACGAUCUCUAAAAAGAAAAUAGAGGGUCUGUGAAGAGGCUAUGCUUAGCUUUAACUUCUCCUUCAAUCCUCUUUCUCAUAAGGGGGAAUCCGUGAUGUUGCGUGAAGAACCCGAAGAACGUCUGUACAAACUUGAGUAUAGUUCGAGUUAUGUGAUAGCUGCACUGAUAGAAACAACAUGUGUUUAAAAGAACAAGGGUUCUUAAUGUGUUGCUUUACUAUUCCAGGAUUAAGCUUCACUGUGAAAUUAAUAGUUUUUUAAAAUAUUUUUUCAGGCAACAGAGGAAAGAGAGGAAAUGGAGCAGCUACGAGAGUACAAUAAGAAACUACUGUACAACAUUCUUCCUGAUCAUGUAGCACAGCACUUCCUUGCACAGCAAGCUAAGAAAAAUGAUGUAAGUUGAUGUAAAGGCAAUCUUUCAGUAACUGCUCCCUAUACUUGGUUUAUUUUCUCUGGUAUGUUUUGGUUUUUAUUCUGUUUUUAUUGUGUCGUUCUCACAGGAACUUUAUUACCAGUCGUGUGAUAAAGUCAUCGUCAUGUUCUCUAGUAUCUGUAAUUUUUCUGAUUUCUACACUGAGCUGGAUGCCAAUGGUGAAGGUGUGGAGUGUCUGCGUCUUUUGAAUGAGAUACUCGUGGAUUUUGAUGAGGUGAGAUCAUUUCAGAGAGGACUUCCUCCACCCCAAAAAAACUUCAAAUGGCUUUCAUGACCGUUAUUACUGUGAAAUUCACAAAACCGUGAACACGAGAAAUAUUUAUGGAAUGUUAUUGUGUUGCGAGAAAUAAGCCAAUAAGGCGCGAAAUAACUAAAACCGCAAACAGCAACGGUAGUUUAUUUUGUGGUUUUGAGGUUUGCUCGCUUACUGAAGUUUAUUGUGAUUGGCCAGUACACAAUCAACAUGUUUCUUGAAAUUUUGAAGGUGUUCACGGUUUUCUGAGUUUGACAGUAAAUGUUUGCGUUUUUCCAGUCAGUGGCUGUUGAAAGUUUUUUUUUUGGGAUUCCGUAUCAUUUUCACUGUUUGAACACUGUUUGCACUUGUCGUUGUCUUACAUCAAGUUUUCUCUCUUCUGUCCCGUUACGUGCAUAUCACCCCGAGAAAUGGCACAGGGUACAGAGGAGAUAUGUUUGUCGUUAGAACAUCAAAACCCGUCGAAAACCUCUCAAAAAAUGGGUUAUUUUGAUCGCGUUACAGUUUCGUUACACAUUCUAUAGACCGCAAGCCAAGAGACUGAGGGCUCGCAAGAUCGGCUUACAGUAUAAAAUCCUUUCUUUUACUCGGCACUUCGGGCGUCGGUCGCCCUUCGGGCGACGUGCCGUGCGCCAGUGAGGAAAUGGCUUGCGGUUACUGAUUUUUAAGAGUCGAUCUGGGUCAGAUAAGAAGCGAAGAAAUCGUUUACAGUAGAUUCAUAAAGAUCCCAUUGGGCUAAUUAAUCGUGCUAAGCGACAGGUAUAGACAUUUUUCAAGGUGAGACUUUAAAUAAGUAAUUCAUUAUUCACACGAAACUCCUCUGGACCCUGUGGAAAUUGGUGUUGAUUUUCAUCACUUAAGUCCACGCGUUUUACUUACAUUCUUCAUGUGCUAUAGGUACUUUGUAUACGAUAAGUACUUUGUACCUGUUUCUUUAUAGAUUAUGAGUGGCAGGUUCUUAAUACUUUCCUACCUUUAUUCUUAAGUGGCAUAUUGUUGAAGGUUUUGGUCUUGUUUUUUUAGCUUCUUUCCGAUCCUCGCUUCCAGUGCAUUGAAAAAAUCAAGACAAUUGGUGACACAUACAUGGCAGCAGCAGGCAUUAAACCGGAAUCUCAGGUCAGUGGUAUAAUGAUUAGCGAGAAAACUAAGCCCGCGUCCACACGUAUCUGUUGUUUGAAAACGGAGAUUUUUUCCUCCAGUUUGGCCCACCGUCCACACGUUUCCAGUGAAAACGGUCAUCAAAAACGCUCCCGAGAGUGGAGAUUUUUGGAAACGCCGGCUUAUCGUUUUUGUGUGGACAGACAAAAACGGAGGUUUUUCGAAUAUGGUGAAACAAAAAAACAGCGCAUACCCUCUGUCAGGCCACAAUCGUAUCCUCAUUGUUUUGGCGUGUUCGUAUAAACGGGCGACAAGGAUUCGAAUACGUUAACGUGUGGACAAGCCUUUUGUUGAAAACGGAGACAAAAAUUUUCGUUUUUCAAAAAUUUCUAGAUGCGUAUGGACAAGGCCUUAGGGCUUGAGCGACAUCAAAAAUAAAUUUGUGGGCUUAUCUGGGAUUUUUCCUUUCAUGCAGGAAAAGUUGGCAACUCUCAAUCAUAUCGUGACAAUGGCUGACUUUGCAAUGGCUAUGAAAAAGAAACUGACGGACAUCAAUUUACACUCUUUCAAUGACUUCAAAAUGAAAGUCGGUAAGUAAAUAUAGAUCAGUAUGUCCAUAAUCUGUAAAAGCCAUCAAAAAAGUGUUUUCAAAGCAACAGUCACACUAUUAGGAUAUAAUAUUGUCCACAUACAAAAAAGUUAGAUGUAUAUUGUAUGUGUACGUGAUUAACUUGGGUGUAUAAAAGGUUUAAGUAGACCUCUGCCAAUAUUCAAAUUUUUCCACCGUCAUAUGGCAGAUCUCUUUUGAUUCGAUUUUUACUGGUAAGAAUGUCGCUCUAAUAGCAGAUUCUGUUACGUUUAGUCUUAAAAGUUAACAAUUCAUAUUUAUUUUGGUAACACCACAAAUAUCCUCUCACACUUACAAAAGCGAAAUCUCUGCGAUUGUGUUGUCUUUUUAUUCAGGGUUAAACUUUGGCCCUGUUGUUGCCGGAGUAAUUGGUGCUCACAAACCACAGUACGAUAUAUGGGGUGAUACUGUCAAUGUGGCCAGCCGUAUGUACAGCACUGGAAAAGCUAACCACAUUCAGGUUUGUCCUAUUUCUUGUUUUAAAGAGCCAUGGAUUGAAAUAAGGUAGUUUUUAUCUUUUUACUGUGAACACCUGAAAAAUUUCAGGAAUACUAGCGUAAUGACCAGUUACCCCAAGAUCAGGACACGAGAGCAAACCACAAGACCGUUAACGUUGAUCGUGGUUCUAUUUUCUUGUGCCUUAUUAGCUUUUUCCACACAGCACAACAUCAUUCCUGAAAUAUUUCUGGUGUUCACGGUUUUCUGAAUUUUACAGUAACUUUCCAACUCGAAUACUGAGUUUCGCGUGACUCUCGCGUAUCUCGCGCUUCGCGCUCGCUCCCCAAAACAUCUCUCUCCGCGACAAUGCCUGUUGUCCAGACUAUGUAUUUUCUAGAUAUUACAUGUAUAAACUUGGAUUGUAAGCCUGUUGGAGUAAAGAAACGGUUGAAGUUUGGUUCUGUAUAUCUCUACAGGUCACGCAAAGCGUAUAUAAUAUAUUGUGCUCGCGCGGCUACACGUUUGAAUGCCGUGGGUUAGUGGCUGUGAAAGGUAAAGGCAAGAUGGUUACUUAUUGGAUGACUGGUAAAGAAGGAGACCAAUCAAGUUAGUGUAAAGAAGUAUUUAUUAUAGAAGCCAAUGGUUUCCCUGUUGCCACAAGUGCGAUUUGUACCUUACCGUCCUGAACUGUGGCAUGUCACGCUAGAAAUCGCAGGGAUGAAAGGAGAUUCUCUGCUAUCAAAAUUUGCGAGUCCACCUCAAAAUGGAAUCACUUGUUUUUUUCAAGCUGAUAAAUAACGUGAGUAGUAAUGAGAAGGUGUCUUAGUCAACAAGCAAGGAGGAGAAACACUGUGGCUUUGAGUUGCCUCAAAGCACAUUCGUGUAAUUGGGCGAUUCUUUGAAGAAGAGCGUAGCAUGUUUGGAAAGUUGGUUGGUUUACAGACAAGUUCAUUAGUACCGGAUGAGAAAACUUAUAGUGUAGUAGUGAUUGUGGGGGGCAUAAGCAAAAACGUUUUUGAGCAACGCACGUCAACCGGAACUGGGCCCUUUGCAUCGUUGGGCAGUUGUUUUGCCCACAUUUGCCUGCAAAUCGUCCAUUUUAGAUAGAAGACUGUUGGCAAUACAAAUUUGGCACUGUCUUGGCAUAUUAAAACGGAAAAGGCCUCACUUCCGGUUAACGUGUGUCGCUCAAAAACGUCUUUGUUUAAGCUCUCUACUGCAUUCUGCUCUCAAGUCUUUUACGAUAUACGUUCGAUGUAAAUAACUUCAGAAAUGUCUUCCCAAUUACGUGAUCAGAUUACGUUUUUUAGUUUUUAAACUAAGGAAACUGAUGGGUAAAUUAUUACAGAAGGCUUUCCUCGUACUUGGUAAAUUGGAAACGUUCCGUUGGCUCAGAAAGUAGAGAGCACAGCAGCGUUAGUGUCCACCUUAUUACAGGUUGUCCCCUCCCUGGCAUAGGAGCUCUCUCAUCAAACAUCAAUGAAACAUGAAUAAAAGUUUAAGAUCAGGCAUUUGCUUUUUGGGUCAGUGUAUCCUUUCCUUUAUCUCUCCGAGUAAAGUGUCUAGGUGCGAGGCGAGUACCCAACAAACCGUUAAUUUUUUACCCGACACUGGAUACCGCUGCAGGGGAAUACUCUCUUCCCUCCCUUCUCGUUUUCUCCAGUCCCCUCGCUGUCUGCUCUGCCUAGUCUGUGUGAGGACGACAAUCAAGGGGCUACCCUUUGUUUGUAACGAUGCAAAGUCAAAUCCACUUUUAUGCAUGGUUCAUUCUUGUGAAAUGUUAGAAUUACGCCCUACAAUCUCGGCAAAAUUGGACACAAUGUACUUUUAUCCAGAUCAUAUUAAAUCCUCUUAGUUUUGUUUAAGCCUUUUAGAUACUAUUUUAUUAACGUUAUAACGGAGACGCGUGUAGAAUGUAGGAGAGGACACUGGUUUGGUUUUUAAAGACAAGCAAGUUACAAGCUUGUUUAGAGAAGAAAAACUGGAAUCAAUUUGUAUCAGCCAUUUAUGGGCAUUCUUUGGUUGAAAGGUUAUGAUUCCCAGCAUUUUUAGUUUUUUAGUUGCUUUUUGUACAGUUUCAAUAUUUUAUUUCAGUAUUUAAUUUAUUUUUCAGAGAUUUCUCUACGUGUAAAAAUGCAACUAUUGAACAUAUCUUUCCAAAAAAUUGGAUGAUUACAGAUCUAUGUAGAAGCAUCCAUUGAGGCAAAAAUGAAAAUUUAAUAUAUCAAGUUAGUCGUGAUUCUGAUACAUUUUAUAGUAGGUCAGGGUGAGCCAAAAUAAAGCUCAUCUUUUGCGAUAUUUAUAUGUAGGUUUUGAACUUGUUCCAACUUAACAGUCACGCUUUUAAAAAGAAAACUCAGAUUUGUCAGACGUGGGUACUGUACAGUAAGAAUGUUUGCUGAGUCACUAAAAUUCUGGUUAUUUUUGCUUAUUCGUAUUCAUAUGAUCACUUACUCGCGCCUUUUAUUGAAUUGCGAAGAUAGACUUUAUAACAGGCCGGAGAUUGGCAUGCGUAUCUGGCGGGAUUAGCGAAGGAGUGCUAACAAUCCCGCCAGCUACGCAGGCGAGCCAGAGAUGUAGAUGUCUCCUGCUCUGUGCCGUGUUGGUCUUGUGGCUUUCGUAGAGAAUACACAUUGUAUUGUUUAGUGGACAUGUUAUCAGGAUUUUACCGCUAAAGCAAUAGUCUCACACGCAGAACGUUUGUGUGGGAUCCUAUUAUAGGAAUAACAUAGUUAUAAUUGCUUAGUCAGAAGCCAGCUUAUUAUUGAUAAUACGGAGCUUAAGCAAAGACGACGGCAACGGCAGCGAAAACGGCACCCAAAAAGUGAAUUCGCGCAGUUUCAAACUGCACCGUUCUUAUUCCAACACUUUUAAUCUGUCAAUGUUGGCGAUUUUUUCGGGAGUUGAAUUCUAAACUGUUUAAGUUCAGAAAAAGAACAAGGAAAUUGUUGUCUUAUGCUCACGUUCUCCAUAGAACGUGAAAUUAGGAAGUUUCACGUCGUAUUCGUGCUGUGACGGCAAAGAAAUGUACAAAAAAGCACGGUGCACGUGCAAAGUUGUUGUUUUGUUAAUGUAAACCUACUGCUUUUUUGCCGUUCUUGUUGCCGUUGCCGUCGUCGUUGCUUAAGCUCCUUAUUGCCCAAUCUUGGUUAUUUCAUAUUUGAAAUAAUUCAUUUAAUUAAUGUAAUUUGCACCUGUCACUGUCUUACGCCCUUGUACUUGCGCUCCACCAAACCGAACAACAUAUGUCUCCGACAUCUCAACGAUGUUUAGAACGGCUAUGCUCUCGCAUUUUUAAGCAAAGCUAAGCAUUUACCAGGCUGGUCAUAGAACUGACUGAAAUAACAGGAAUACAUUUAGCUCAAAUUUCAAAACGACGCCCUGACAAAAACUUGUUGUGGCGGUUUUUGAAAGAUCAUCUAAAGAUUCGUAUAGCCAACUUGAAGUUUAGAGCUCGCAAUAAAGGGCAGUGAGUAGAAUAGACUAAAACAUCGUCUGUCCUGUAAACCCCAAUAUCAGAGUGCAUAUCCUCAACACUGUUCUCAAUACCUUCCCUAUGGUGCUAAUCAGGAUCAUUUGUGUCACGAUCAAUAGCUUUCUGGCUCAUCAUUAAUGUUUCAUUCAGGAGUGUUACUGAUAAGGAGAAAUUAAAUUCCGUCAAUCUUAAAAGGUUUAACUGACAACCAGCGAGAACAAAUAUAGGGGUCAAUUCAGUUAACUUUUGCAAGUGUCAUUUCAAGGGUAGCUAUGGGUUAAAGUUGAAAACAAUUGCUACGUUGUUAGCUGUAAAGAUCCACUUUCAGUCGCAGGCUAACGUGAUUCAUCAGCAAGACUACUUACGUUAGUGCGGUUGUUUGCCUCUGAUUUUGUUGCUAAUUAACCAAGUAAAGAAAUUAAC